AUGUCGCCGAUUCCUCUGAGCGUCCAACUUGCAGAGAAGCUCUCUACCAUCAGUAUCGCAACAGCAUCCAGAGAGGAAGUCAGCCUUGUUGUGCAAGCGUUUGUGGAUACGAUCGGCUGUAUCCUUAUCGGCAGACAGUACCCAUCGGUCAGAACCGUGUCCAAGAUAUUUGGUCAGCCGCCAGGAAAGUCUUUGAUCAUAGGCGCUGGCUCUCAGCGAACCACAGACUUAGACGCCACUGUAAUCAAUGGUGUUGCGAGUCAUGUAGUCGACUACGACGACAUGGUGGAUGGCAGCCAUCCCUCGGUGACUCUGGUUCCAGUAAUUCUAGCCCUUGCAGAGGAACUGGACUCGCCUGGUGAAGACAUUCUCAACGCCUACAUCGCCGGCUUUGAGACUCACCAGCGCCUCUUGCGAGUUCUUUUCCCCCAUCACUAUAAUAACGGGUGGCACCCGACAGCUACUAUGGGCACGUUUGCAGCCGCUAGCGCAUGUGCAAGCCUGCUGAAGUUCGAUAUUACGCAGACCGCGACUACGCUUUCGGUCGCAGCAAGUAUGGCAUCAGGAAUUAAAGCCAAUAUCGGGACGAUGGUAAAAUCCUAUCACGUUGGUCAGUGUGGCCGCAAUGGACUUCUCGCAGCGACUCUCGUGAAGAAUGGAUUUGAUGCGAACCUAACCGCUCUCGAACAUCCGGCUGGCUUCUUUCACGCCUAUGACGGUCUGGACAAUGUUGAUCCUACCAGACUUUUGAGCGACUGGCCUAGAGGUCUGGCUAUCGCACGAGGACCAUGGUCGUUGAAGCCAUAUCCCUGCUGUGGCUCUACACACACAGCCAUUCGCGUAGCAUUUAAACUGCGUAAGGAACACAACCUCGACCUCUCACGCAUCCAGUCGAUCUUAGUGACGGUUCAUGAGGAUCGAAUCCCGCACACCAAUAGGCCCUUCCCAAAGUCCGCACUUGACUCGAAGUUCUCGAUACAGUACUCUACUGCCCGAGCCCUUGCCUCGGGAAAUGUUCGAUUGGCUCAUUUCGAGGGGACCGCCUAUCUGGAGGAUACUAUCCAACAGCUGCUUGGCAAAAUUACUGUUCAGGCCCGCCCGCAGAGCAAGAAUCGAGAUAUUAGCGAAAUCUGUGCCGGUUCUAUUCUAUUGACUAUGGACGACGGCAAAGAACUCUUUGCAGAGCUCCCGGGCUUCCUUGGGCCGGGUUCUACUGCGCCAUUUACUGAAGCUGAGCUAUGGGAGAAGUUCUCAGACUGUACUCGACUAGGUCUCGAUGAGAAAGUCAGCAGGCUACUCUUCGAUGAGCUGCUUAAAUUGCCACAGCAGCGGAGUCUCAAGGAUAUACUUUUGUUGUUGGAGCAGGCAAACUUGGCUUAG